AUGGAACUCAGAAUACAAGAACAUCGUCGAUUGAUAUCACAUUCCAGCUCUGGAACAUUCCGAGACGAAAUGGAAACAGAAAUCAUUCGAAAAGUUCAUCAGGAGUGUGGAAGUUGGCGAGAAACCAAAGAGAGCAAUUUAAAAGGUGAUGGCAGAUAACAACGUUCUGUUACGUGUUAUGUUCUCUACACUUGUUUGCCAUGCGGUAAAGAUUCUCUUCAGUAAGUGGGGCUAUAUCUGCACAGUUUAACUUCUGUUCUAAUUGUAUUAGCGAUCCUGAAAGGCAGCAGAAAUAUCUCAGCACUGUUUGUCGCGUCGCAGGCUUGACGGUUUAUGAUUACAAUUUUUUUACUGGCAUCGCCACCUAGUAGGCAAAAAGUACAUUCAGUCAAGAUCUCCAAUGUAACUCUUCUAGAAAAUCUGUGUUGAAAGUAAGCGAACAAAAAAAACACAAUGAUAGAUGGCACUGUAAUCCUCUCCCUUUUUAACUAAACUCGACCAAUAUAUACGUUAGUUGACCUGUAAUCCUCUACAAUUAUUACUCUCGUGACAAUUAUUAAAUACGUUCUUUUAUAUUGUACUUGGCCAGCACUAUUCGUUGUGCCUCUGAUAAUCGCGUAGGUGACGGGUUUGUAUUUACCCUUAGAUAGCUUCAAUGUUUAAAUAGUUUAAUUGGCUUUUUAAACUUAUCUUCAAGGCCAAAAAGAUGCAGUUUCAAGACAAAGGCGGGCAUCAGGGAGCAGCGCACAAAAUAAUUCGACUCAAGGAGCGGCUGAACUAAAACUUCUUAUUAAAGAAGAACUUCGUCUGCAACAAAAUCAAAUCUGUGCUAAAGACUAG